CAGAAUCGCUUUCACCUUGAAAAUCUCCGAGCAAAAUUGUUUUUCAUUCGUGAAUGCUUGCACUCUCCACUUCUACCUUCAUUCUGGACCACAGCUAAUCAGCGUUUCCUUGAAGCUGUGUAAUGUUAAUAUCAGACGAUUUUCAUUUCUCACGUUAGGUCUGUCAGUAAAAAAACUUAUUAUCAACGCAAUCCUGCUCAUUUUAUAGGAUUAGCCUGUUCAAGCUUUAUUUGCAUGGUAGAAAUAAAAGUUAAAGAUAUCUAUAUAACAUCGGAAUUUGGGAAAAGGAGAGCAUUUUGUGAAUUGUUUAGACUCCAAGUUAUUACUUCAUUUGUUCAUGUCGUCAACUUUGGGAAGUGAAACAUGAUUAUAUCUCUUUCUGCGAUGGACUGGUGACGGAUUAUGAUGUCCACAGAUGUGUUUUUGUUGAUUAAUGUUCUUUUGCUAUCUCUUCGACCUACCCAAGUUAGUCUCCAUGGACGAUUCAAGAGACAAAGUUCUACGGAAGACACUCCUGUGGUUUUUCCCGCUAUGGAGGAAAUCCCAGAAAACAGAUGUAUUGCUUACGAUGGCGGAGUUGGACUUUGCCGACCAGCAGGUCUCUGUGUUUUCCGCUUUGAAAGUGUUCGUGAUCUAGAAGAUUCCGCUUGUACCAUAGAUAAUGGAGAAGUUGGUGUGUGCUGCCCAGGGAAACCUCCACCUACACGAGCCACAGGCCCUGCACGGCCCGAGCAUCCUGUCUCUAUGCCGGAUAUUUCUACCACAGAUUUGGACUUCGCUGGUCAAGAAGGGCGUUCCAUAGUGCAGCGUAUAGAUCAAUUGGAAAUAGAAUUGCAAAGAAGAGGUAAUUUUUUUAAAUAA